CCAACCGUGGAAGUGACGGGAGCGAGCGUGGGUCCGCGCACGAGCGGGUUAAGGCCGCCGCCGAGAAAGAGAGGAACCGCGAAGGAGCUCGUGCGCCAAGCUGGGAGGCUGUCUCGCGGAUGCGGGUUGCGCGCGCCUGCUGCGCUCCUCCAGAAGGAAAACCCGGGGCUUUGGAAGCAGCGGGGCCAGCACGCUGGCCGGAUUUGCAAGCGAGGAGAAGCCGUGAAUGCUGGCUCGGGCGCGGUGAAAAUCAGUAUCCACCCUGGAGAGAUCCCAUGCGUUAACUAUGUCUAGGAGGAAAUCAGAGAACAAAGGCAUCACCGGCUUGUUGCUUAUAUCUCCUCAGACACAAAUAAAGUCAGAUAAUUUUUAUAAUUUCUAUGAAGUUGAACCCAAGGAAUUGGGAAGAGGAAAAUUUGCUGUGGUUAGAAAAUGUAUUGCGAAAGCUACAGGCCAGGAAUAUGCAGCUAAGUUUCUGAAAAAGAGGAGAAGAGGCCAAGACUGCAAAGCAGACAUCCUACAUGAAAUUGCUAUUCUAGAACUAACAAAACCAAGUCCCCGGGUAGUGAAUCUCCAUGAAGUCUAUGAAACAACAAAUGAAAUCAUCUUAGUUUUGGAAUAUGCAGCUGGAGGAGAAAUCUUUAAUCUAUGUCUCCCUGACCUAGAAGAAACCAUAGAUGAAACGGCUAUCAUUAGGCUUAUACGACAAAUACUGGAAGGCGUUUUCCAUUUGCAUCAAAACAAUAUUGUACAUCUAGAUUUAAAGCCACAGAAUAUUUUGUUGAGUAGUAUAUCUCCCCUUGGUGAUAUAAAAAUAGUUGACUUUGGUUUGUCUCGGAAGAUUGGAGGUUAUAGUGAAAUACGAGAAAUUGUUGGAACGCCUGAAUAUCAAGCACCAGAAGUCUUAAAUUAUGAUCCUAUUACUACAGCAACAGACAUAUGGAGUGUAGGUGUAAUCACAUACAUGCUGCUUACACAUGAAUCUCCAUUUGUGGGAGCAGAUAAACAAGAAACGUAUCUCAACAUUUCUCAACUCAAUGUGGAUUAUUCAGAAGAAACAUUUGCUUCUGUUUCAUCAUUGGCCAGAGAUUUCAUUCAAAAACUCCUUGUUAAAAAUCCUGAAGAGCGACCAACAGCAGAGGCCUGUCUGUCUCACUCUUGGCUUAGGCAAGGAGAAUUCUUAUUGUGGUAUAACCCUGAAGAAAACCCCAGUUCUUCUCCAGCAUAUGAUCAUAUGAGUAAGUGCAUAGAAGAGAGAAAUAAUAACCGGCCCAUGUCUAAUGGAAUGUGCAGUGAGCAAGAAGAUAAAGAGAAUAUUCCAGAAGACAGCAGUACAGUCUCCAAACGAUUCCGCUUUGAUGAUUCUUUGCAAUAUUCUCAAGAACUUGCAACAGACUUUGUAUGUUAACAAAUGCACUCCUGCAGGUUAUCUUAAGUUGUAUUUAUGAUUCUAAGUUAAUCUGGUGGCACAUGGUUUAAGAUUAUAGCUUGGCCACAACUGCAUUGUUGUUAUCCUGGAAAUGCACUUUCAGUUGAUCUUGUUUGGGCCCUUCUUUGUGCUGCCAUUGCUGGCAAUGGGUUGACCCCCUGGGAGACUGGAGUCUUGGCACCUGAAGUGGCUUGUCUUUGGAGGCAAACAGGUAACUGAGUAUAUUUGCACUUUCUACAUUUAAGUUCAAAACAUGACAUUUGGGGCUGAUCAUUGAUAAAGUAGGCAAGCUGGGAAGAAGAGAAUUUUGAAAGUUAGCCACAAAGCCAACUUCUAAGCCAAAGAGUGAUCUAAUCAUACAUAUGCAUUUGUAUUGUAACUGAAACUACAUGGACUUGGCAGAGUGAAGAAAUGAGUCCUUUUGUUCAGCUCUAGAAGUACAGUCUCAUGCUGUCAUUGUUGAAAAAGUUCAAAUUAGUAACUUAUUAGUAUAUAGUAUACUCCAGUAAGCCUUUCAAGCCUAUGUUUUUAGUUGGAAUAGUCACUGGGGCUGAAGUGCUUGGACUGGGUUCUUGAUUAGCCACCCAGUUUUUUGCAUGUUUACUCAGAAGGGGCCUUAUCCCCAUUUAUGGGAGAGUAAGUUUUCAACUGUGGAUCAGUUCCCAUGUGGAACCUAAAUCAGUGUUUGCAUUCAUUUUUUCUGUUACGCAGAUAAUUUUUGGAUUGAAUGGAAUGCAUACUUAGUUUUGAAAUCUUCCACUUCUUGUUCACGUAAAUAAGAUGGAAGAGAUUGAAAGAUACUUCUGGUGCCAAAAAAAAAAAAAAAGCUGUAUUUUCUCUUAGGAAGUAAUGUUUGGUCCAUGCCCAGUACCAUGCCAUAUGGAGAGGAUAACCUGUGUAAUAUUAUGAAUUUAGCAAAUUAAAUAUUGUAAGGUUUAAAUUUGAAAAUGAGACCUUCCAGAAAAAUGUGCAGGGUCAGGUAAUGGUUUUAAAUUAUCUUUUCCAGAUGAAGUUGAUUUCAUCAAACUAUUCUUCCAAAUUAUAAUUAUAAUUAUUUCUGUGCUAUUGUAAAUUGAACCUGUUUAUCUUAUCCAACAAAGAUUAUAGUAGUAGCACAAUCCUAUUUCUGUGAAUAUAGAAGUAAAUCCCACUUUGUUUAUGGAUUUUACUUCCAAGGAAGUGGUGCAAAAAAUUGCUGACUAAAAUAAUGUAAUGGCAAUAUGAAUAUUUCAUUAAUAUUCAUUAGUACAAAUAAAGCAAAGAAAAAUAGAGAAAAAAUAAUCAGUCUUUGUGGCAUUAAACAUCUAAUUAAUUCACAGCCUUACAUUAAUGCCCAGUCCUGAGAUGUGCCAUGUUAGAGAUUAGAUUAGGGUUUCCUCUCAGUUUGCCAGCCUCAUCUCACAAAUAACAAGAUGAACUGCAGCCAUAAGGGAUGAAGCAGAAAGGAGAAAAAUGGUGCAAUUUCAAGACCACAGUCUGAAAUUAGUACAGAAUUUCAAUAUUGAAAGCCAUAUUUUCUUCUGAUUCUCAGUUAAAAGCCAAUAUGGAAAGCACGGGUUCCCCCACCCCAUCCUACUUUAAUCUAAUUUGAUUUUUAAAAUUGGUACUAUUAGGCAGUCUAAAAAAAAUCAUAAUACAUUAAUAUAUUUUUAGUAAGGAAGAAAGAUUACAAGUGGAACAGCAUGCCACAAUAAUGGUUAUUAUAGCACUUUAUAAAAAAAAGUAUAUGAUACAUUAAAUGUUUCUAUUGUGGUAUUUUUUAAAGUUUACAUUUUCUUACUCUUUUCUUCCAGUCUUAAAUCUUUUUAAUAUUUUGAAUACAUUCAUUUUUGUCACUAGUUGACAGAGCUUUUGAGCUUUUAUAAAAACUUGUAUAUGUAUGUAAAUUUGGGGUGUCACUUGAAUCUGACAGUUCUAAAUUUUGAAUAUCUCUAAUUUUGUAAGUUUUCCUAGUUUAUGCAUACAUUUGUAUACAAUGUUAUUGGAAUUAUAAUUGUUCUCUGAAUUCUUUGUUUUGUGUUCAAUAUUAAUGGGACUUUAUAAAUGGUUACUGGCACAGAGAGAAUGAAUUUUAAAAGGGCUAUCUCUGAGCUAGAUUUAAAAAAAGUGAACUGCUAAAAAGAAAAAAAUUAAAAGUAGAACAGCAUAAAGUCUUGACUAUCAUAAAUUUUUGUGAAUACAGGCUAAAGCUUCACCUGGAAGGUCUCACAAUCUGUUUGAAUUACUGCCCCCCCAAAAGUUAUUUGGAUUGAAGUCAUAGCACAAAAGUUAUUUUAGAUUUAUGAUAUCAGUCCAAUUAAAUUUUCUGCUGGGUGACAUCACUGCCAAAAAAUAAAUUGGCCAAAUGUGUGGAGACUUUUUUUAUCCAUAGUAAUUUAUUAAAUAGUCAACUUGCUCACUGAAUUAAUGGCUAGUGAUUAAUACUUUAUAUCAGAUGCUCUAGGUACAGUGACCCUUCAUUUUAAUGGACUAAUUGCACAGGGUGAGGGAUUCAUUGUCAUGAAUGUCUGGUAAAUCAGCAAGUACGUCAUUGUGACAAUUACAUAAUUUGCGUAAUGGUAUCAAAUACAAACCAAGUGACAUAAGUUAAACAAGGUCUUCAGAAUAGGAUAGGUAUGGCUGCUCAAGCACCUCAGGAGGGCAAUUGGUUGGGGGAAACCUAUUCCUCCAUCAGGCAACCUGGCUAGAAGCUUAGGCUACCAGUCUCCAAGAAAAAAAGAGGAGAGAAAGAGACUCCUCCCUUGACUAGCUUCCAUGGAUGCUUGCUCUCUUGGCACUCCUAAGAACUGGUCUCUCACAGUAGCCCCUUCUCUCCCUUCUUCCCCAACCUUAACAAAAUCAUUACAGAGCUGCUGUACCCCCCUUCUCAGCUGUCUUCACCUUUUCUCCUUCAACAUCACCUCUUCAGGCUUCCAUUCAGCCUCUGCCAGCUCAGCAGUUUGUUUGUUAAUUUAUCAAGUCUAUACAUCACCCAUUCCCAUCAGACUUCUGCUAGAUUUCAUGGGGUUGUAUCAAACAUCCAUGGAAUAAUAUAAUAAUAAUAAAACAUCCACCGUUGCAGAAUUUCGCAGCAACUGGCUCUUUCCCUGGUGCUUUGCUGCUGAAAGCGUUUGUCUCAUUGAUGAAGAUAUCCAGUUUGGGCACCUCAGGAAAACUGGACAACCCUUGAAUAUAGUUGGCCAUGGAGGCACCAAGAGGGCAUUGGCAGAUGCAGUGGCAAGGAGCAAGAGAGCAGACUUGAAGCCCAGAGGCCAAGGAGCAACACUAACAACCCAAAUAACAGUAACAGGCAUUGAGAGCUUCCAGAGAGGAUUAAUUCUUACAAUCGUUGUUCUUUGGUACUUUUACUCAAAAGAUGUUGAGCAGCUUUUUACCUGUUCUUCCAGAUUUUUUUUUCCUGGAAAGAAAAAUAAUAUUGUGGAAAAAUAGGGGUGGGGGGUGUUGCUGUUGUUAGUAUUGUGUAGAU